CACCCCUGGCCUUUUCUCUGUCUUUUUUCCCCACCCCCUGCGGUUGUGAUAAGGGCUGAGUGCCUCCAAGAAGGGGAAAGUGGAACCUCAGCAUUCAGAGGCAGUGUACCUUCGUUUACCGGACGCUGGGGACAAUCAACAGACGAUCUCUGUAUAUUUAACUGCAACACUGACAUUCUGCAUUAUCAGUAAAGAAUCUCAAAGCAGAUCGUUUCAGAACAUUUCCUGAAGUUGCAGUGUUAACACACCAUGUCGGAGCCCAUAACGCUCAACGUUGGUGGGAAGCUGUACACCACUUCGCUAUCCACCUUGACCAGUUUUCCUGACUCGAUGUUGGGUGCCAUGUUCAGUGGGAAAAUGCCGACCAAGAGGGACAGCCAAGGGAACUGCUUCAUCGACAGGGACGGAAAGGUUUUCCGAUACAUCCUCAACUUCCUGAGGACCUCUCACCUGGAUCUACCAGAGGACUUCCAAGAAAUGGGCCUCCUUCGACGAGAAGCGGAUUUUUACCAGGUCCAGCCGUUGAUCGAAGCCUUGCAGGAGAAGGAGGUGGAGCUCUCGAAAGCCGAGAAAAACGCUAUGCUCAACAUCACCUUAGAUCAAAGGACUCAGACAGUUCACUUCACGGUCCGGGAAGCUCCGCAGAUCUACAGCUUGUCCUCGUCCAACAUGGAAGUGUUCAGUGCCCACAUCUUCAGCACCUCCAGUUUGUUCUUGAAGCUCCUGGGCUCCAAACUGUACUACUGUUUCAAUGGCAACCUGUCGUCUAUAUCUAGUUAUCUGCAGGAUCCUUACCACGUCACCUUGGACUGGGUGGCUAGUGUGGAAGGCCUACCCGAGGAGGAGUACACAAGGCAGAACUUAAAGAGGUUGUGGGUCCUGCCGGCGAAGAAGCAAAUUAACACUUUCCAGGUAUUUGUGGAGGAGGUCUUGAAAAUCGCCAUGAGCGACGGGUUUUGCGUCGACUCCUCUCACCCGCAUUCCUCGGAUUUCAUGAACAAUAAGAUUAUCCGUCUCAUUCGGUAUAAGUAGA